AUGGCAAAUGAAAGAAAGCCUUUGCAACCGGUGCCCAGACCGAGCGUCAACGGAGCACCAGCGACGGCAACGUUCUUGGUGCUCGGGCUCAUCGGAACGCUUUCCAUCUAUCUCCUGGGAUUGCGCCACUGGGACACGGAAGUGUUCCUGCCGCCGGGUUUAAGUAGCGUCGUUCCAGCCGUGUUUCGGCUCUUCCUCUCUGUUUUUGCGUUUCGGUACCCGGGGGAGGCAAUCUUUGCAUGGCUCAUGCUAUACUAUUUUCAGACGGUCGAGAAACAAAUGGGUACACGCAAGUUUCUACCGUUCGCCGUGUUCGUAACGCUGGUCCAACAGGUGCUCCAGUACACCUAUGGCCACUGGGUGCGCUCGUUGCCGUUGACCAAGUCGGGGCUGUAUGGAGUGGCGUUUGCUGCGCUGGCUAUAAAGGUACACUUGGAGCCGACGGUGAAACAUCGAUUGGUUGGUUGCACGUUGAGCCAGAAGCAAAUGUCGUUGUUGAUGGCUGCGUUUCUGGUGUUGAACGACUUUCUAUUUGAUCUGCUCUUCAACCACAAACCCGAUGUAUAUUUGUUCGGUCGAAGCAAGUUCAGUGUAUCUGGCCUCAUGGCGGCCGUUUUUGGGUACACAGCAGGGUUGUUGUAUUUGCUUCCGGCACUGGGCCCAGUAGAGCGCUGGCUGGUGCUUCCGUCGUCGCGGAAUCCCUUGGUCGUCUGGCUGACGCUCAUAGCGCAUCAGGAACUGGAGACUGUGCCUUAUCAUCUGCAGUCUGAACACAUGCGGCUCCUUGAAGCGGCGUACAAUCCAGUGAACUGGUGA